GAUACUAAAGAUGGCCGCCUGUGACAGGAGUAAAGAUGGUCAGGACAGCAUACUGGAGCCGCUGUGUUUUCCAGAGCAGCCAGCUGAUGGCACCAGUGCUCCCAGUCUGCAGGGUGUCAGUACAGAGCUGCUGGUGUGUCUCUUCUGUCCUGAGUCCGUCCCUCUGCAGCAGAAAGACGUCCUCCUCAAACACCUGCUGGUGGAGCACAAGCUGGUCAUCGCAGACGUCAAACUGAUCGCAGACCUCCCAAAGUACAUGUUGUAUUGGAAAGGCAGAUUUUUGGAGCAGCCAGUCACAGAUUUCUGUAGCGUGAUAAAGACAAACUCCACCGGCCCACUCGAGAAGCAGGAGGACUACUUCCUGCUGUGUGACGUCCUUCCAGAGGACAGAAUCCUCCGAGAGAAGCUCCAGCAGAAACGACUGGAGGAGGUGCUGGAGCAGCAGCAGCAGGAGAGAGACGACAGCAGCUUCCACCGUCUCUGCAUGUUCUGCAGUGAAGAGUUCACCGGUAACAGGUCGUCUCUGCUGAACCACAUGGCCAGAGAACAUUCCUUCAGCAUCGGCCUGCCGGACAACAUCGUCUACUGCAACCAGUUUCUGGACACUCUGCAGAGCAAAUUAGACAAUCUGCAGUGUUUGUACUGUGAGAAAACCUUCAGGGAUAAAACCACACUCAAGGAUCACAUGAGGAAGAAAGCUCACCGCCGCAUUAACGCCAACAACCGCGAAUACGAUCGCUUCUAUGUCAUCAACUACCUGGAGCUGGGGAAGACCUGGGAGGAAGUGCAGAGCGAGGACGACCGGGAGCUGGUCGACGAUGAGGAUGAUGAUUGGUCGGACUGGCAGGCUCAUCCAGUCUCUGCCGUGUGUCUCUUCUGUGAUCAUCAGUCAGAGACGAUGGACCAGAUCUACGCACACAUGAAGGAAGCUCAUGGCUUUGAUCUCCACAACCUGAGGACGGAGCUCAACCUGCGGUUCUACCAGCAGGUCAAACUGGUGAACUUCAUCCGGCGGCAGAUCCACCAGAGCCGCUGCUACGGCUGCCAGGAGAAGUUUGAAUCCAGAGACGAUGUCCUCCGUCACAUCGUGGCUGAAGGUCAUGUGAUGAAGCUGCCAGACAUGUCGACCUGGAACCAACCACAGUAUUACUUCCCCACAUACGAGAACGACGCCCUCCUGUGUACGCUCUCCGACAGCGAUGACGAAGAAAGCGACGAGACAAAUCACAGCGAGGACGUCCCAGUCAUCGCAGAGGACAUCUCCAACCUCAGAGCGCUAAAACAGAACAGUGUCCUCAACCAGCUGCUACGACGAUAGCCGGUGGGAUUGUUGAACUUAUUGUUUUUGGACAAUUCUUCUUCUCAUCAGACGAGUCGUCCUCGAUGCACAACCUGCUGGGAGGUUUUUGCUGGAUCCAUCAGUUGGAACACACAUGGACAUUACAGCACUUAAACAACACUCUGAAAGGCAAAUAAUUACAACAGUGAUGCACCCUGAACACUUUAAAAGCCGUCAGGAGCCUUUACAGAAGUGCUGACUCAUCUUCAUUCAUGCAAUAAAGAUUAAGUGAGACAUUU